GAGAAAUCGAAUUAUAAAUUGCAGAAGAAGACGACUAGCUCUUGAGUACAAGGGACAAAUUUGGUCGGAGGGACAAGAGAGAUGAUGGAAGAAGACAAUAGAUGAUUUGGGUUUAUAAAAUAUUUUCUUGUCUGAUCGAUUGAUUUUUCCUCCGUGUAAUUCCAUCGAGUUUCAGUUGAUUUCAUUGUCAAAAUCUUGCUCCUAAUUCUAGGGCUCUUUUAUAUCUUUCCGAUUUUCUGGUGAAACAUUCUUUGUUUCGCCGGUUUUCAAUGGUGACACUUAGAUCUUGAGCUUGGAAUUUCGAGCCUGUAGCUAAGUUUGUGACUCUUGUGAUCUUCUUUUCUCCCAUUUCUUCUGAAGAUUUAAGAAAAGCUCAUCUCUUUCCGGGGACAUCGAGCUCGAAAGUUUUGUCCUUUAUUUUCAUUUUAGACAUUUUUUUUAUUACUUGGCUGUAAAUUUUGAACUACGCUCUGCAAAUUCACGAAGAUCAGCUCCUUCUUCCAUUCUUUCAAGCGUUAAUUGAUUGCUUCUGAUUCAUUUUGAGGUCGAUUUACAACCAAAAAGGGUUUUGCCUUGUGGUAUCUCAUCAGAUUAUUUCCAAAAGGAAAAAACAAUCCAAUUCUUGAAAUGAUGAAGAGACCGAUCCCGAGUUGGCCUUGGUGGUUAUUAGGUGGUAGGAAGGAGAAAGAGACUGAGGCUCUUAAGUUUCCUACAAAGAUAAAUCGAGCCAAAGGAAGAGUUAUCAAGAGGAAGGAGCUGGAACUUGAGAGCUUUGGUUCCUCUGGCUCAGAAUCUGUAGCUGUUGCUGCUGGUGACGGGCCUGAAUGGUCUGUUGGAUGGACUGAGCCACAUGGGCCUGAUUUCCAAAGCGAUGAUGAAGGAGAUGAUGGUGGCUUCUUAGUGCUUGUUCCUUGUUACAGAGCUGUCGUCGAAGGCUCUAGUAAUAACCAGCUCGUGGCUGCCGUCAAGAAUCUCCCCAACGGAUUGUCUCCUGAUGGGAAGAACUACAUGGAGCAAUGGCUUUCAUCUCUGCAGAACCUUUGACCAGGUCUCUUCCUUUUGUAGUUAGUUAGUAGUUUUAGUUCUCUAAUACGCUCUGAAGAAUCAUUUUGGUUUCUACAAUAAUCCUGAAAACUCAAAAAAAGGAGAAAAAAGUGGAAAAGAAAAAGAGAAAAAAGAGAAGCACAAGUAGUUUAUGUAUAGAUUAAGGUGAUGGGUAUUGCACACUGAUCCUGGACACGGAUCAAGACCCAAAAGAAUAGAAAGAAAAAGAAAAAGAGAGAGAAAAAAAAGAGCUAUGUGGGAGUAGAAAAGCUAUGGAGAAAAAGCACAUUUGGGUUCCUAUUGAGAUGUUAUAAGCUGGUUACAUUGAUCCAGAAAACAGAUCAACAUCCAAUAAGAGAGGCUACGGAAAUGAUUAAAACCGGAAAGAAAGGAAUAGGGGAUUGGAGGAAGGAGAAGUAGUGGUAAGGUUUUAUAUCAGGAUGAUGGUAUUGAUGGUAUACGGGAGGGAGGGAUUAUUCAUUUGAGUUUGUAAAUUCAUGUAAAAAGUCUUCAAUGUAAAUACACAUAGAGUGAUGUAAAUAGUUUUGUCCUGUAUCAUAACUCUCUUCCUCUUCCUCAAGACUGAGUUUGAAGUGAUUGCAGAUUGUAUGUAGUUAUUAACUACCACUGAUGAUAGUUUUGUAUAUAGAAUAGAAACAGUAGUGAUGCCAUUGUAAUUCUUUAUAAACAUCGUCUGUAUAUAUAUGUAUUUAUUGUGAUUGGUGAAGCAGGAGGAGUUUCU